CUAGUUUUCAAAGGCUUGUACGGUGGUUUGCCAAUAGCUAAACUGGCUCUGGGAAGAGCAGCCCCAAUCCAUAAAUACCCCGUCGCUCUCAGACCAAAUUGCUUGCUGUCGCUUCCGCGUCUCGCGCAAACUAUUCAUCCAGAAAAAUGAGUAGUUUGGUCGAGAGGCUUCGAGUUAGGUCGGAUCGGAAACCCUCGUACAGGUUAGCGGACGAUUCCGACGACGACGCCGACUUCGAGCAGCGGAAACCGGGGUCGCUUCCCGAGAAGAUUGAGAGGAUAGUCCGACCCGAUGCGAAAGAUAAUUCAUGUCAAGCAUGUGGUGAAAGUGGAGAUCUUUUGUCCUGCGACACAUGUACAUAUGCCUAUCAUUCCAAGUGUUUACUUCGGCCAUUGAAAGCUCCUCUUCCUAGCAACUGGAGGUGUCCUGAAUGUGUUAGCCCUCUAAUUGAUAUUGAUAAGAUUUUAGACUGUGAUGUGAGGCCUACUGCUGCCGAUGAUAGUGAUGUCUCUAAGCUGGGUUCAAAGCAAAUAUUUGUGAAGCAAUAUCUUGUCAAAUGGAAAGGAUAUUCUUAUCUUCACUGCCUAUGGGUGCCCGAAAAUUUGUUUCUAAAAGCUUACAAAACACUUCCUCGUUUGAGGACUAAAGUAAACAACUUCCACCGCCAGAUGGCAUCGAUUAAUAACUCAGAAGAUGAAGUUGUGGCCAUUCGUCCUGAAUGGACAACUGUUGAUCGGAUUCUUGCUUGCAGGGAAGUUGAUGGUGAGAAGCAGUAUUUUGUUAAAUGGAAAGAGCUUUCCUAUGAUGAGUGUUAUUGGGAAUCUGAAUCUGACAUUUCUUCAUUUCAACAAGAAAUUGAAAGAUUUAACAAAAUUCAAUCUAGGCGUCGCAAAUUAUCUUCAAGUAAGCAGAAGAGCAAUAGUCGUGAUGCUAUAGAUUCAAAAAAGAAACAGAAAGAGUUUCAACACUAUGAUCACACUCCUGAUUUUCUCACUGGAGGCUCACUCCAUCCGUACCAGCUUGAGGGGCUGAACUUCUUACGCUUCUCUUGGUCCAAACAAACACAUGUGAUACUUGCAGAUGAAAUGGGCCUAGGGAAAACUAUACAAAGCAUUGCUUUUUUAGCAUCUCUUUUUGAAGAAGGUAUCUCACCACAUUUGGUAGUGGCACCGCUAUCGACAUUGCGUAACUGGGAACGUGAAUUUGCAACAUGGGCACCUCAUAUGAAUGUUGUUAUGUAUGUUGGCUCUGCCCAAGCUCGUGCUACUAUCAGGGAAUAUGAGUUUUACUUUCCCAAAAACCCUAAGAAGACCAAAAAGAAGAAAAGUGGUCACAUUAUUGGUGAGAGCAAGCAAGAUAGGAUAAAAUUUGAUGUCCUCCUAACAUCAUACGAAAUGAUUAACUUAGACAAUGUAUCAUUGAAACCUAUCCAGUGGGACUGUAUGAUUGUUGAUGAAGGUCAUCGUCUCAAGAAUAAGGAUUCUAAAUUAUUUUCUUCAUUGAAGCAGUACUCUAGCAAACAUCGUGUGCUUCUGACAGGAACACCUCUUCAGAACAAUUUGGAUGAACUUUUCAUGCUUAUGCAUUUCCUUGAUGCUGGGAAGUUUGGAAGUUUAGAGGAAUUUCAGGAGGAGUUUAGGGAUAUUAAUCAAGAGGAGCAGAUAUCAAGGCUUCAUAAAAUGUUGGCGCCCCAUCUUCUCAGAAGGGUUAAGAAAGAUGUCCUGACGGAAAUGCCUCCUAAGAAGGAGCUAAUUUUACGUGUGGAAUUGAGUAGCAAGCAGAAAGAAUACUACAAGGCUAUUCUAACCCGCAACUAUGAGAUACUUACUCGGAAAGGGGGUGCACAGAUUUCUCUUAUCAACGUGGUUAUGGAAUUGCGGAAGCUUUGUUGUCACCCAUAUAUGUUAGAAGGAGUUGAACCCGAGAUAGAAGAUACAAAUGAGGCUUACAAACGAUUGUUGGAAUCUUCUGGGAAGAUGCAACUUCUGGAUAAAAUGAUGGUCAAGCUUAAAGAGCAGGGGCACAGAGUUCUCAUAUAUUCCCAGUUUCAGCAUAUGCUUGAUUUGCUUGAAGAAUAUUGUGGCUUCAAAAAAUGGCAAUAUGAAAGGAUAGAUGGAAAAGUUGGUGGGGCUGAGAGACAAAUUCGCAUAGAUCGUUUUAAUGCAAAGAAUUCUUCCAGGUUUUGUUUUUUGCUAUCUACUAGAGCUGGAGGAUUGGGGAUAAAUCUUGCAACUGCUGAUACAGUUAUCAUAUACGACAGUGAUUGGAAUCCUCAUGCUGAUUUGCAAGCAAUGGCCAGAGCCCACCGGCUUGGGCAAACAAACAAGGUAAUGAUUUACAGACUCAUAACCAGAGGAAGCAUUGAAGAAAGGAUGAUGCAGAUGACAAAGAAGAAAAUGGUUUUGGAGCAUCUGGUUGUUGGUAGACUGAAAGCACAGAACAUCAACCAGGAAGAGCUAGAUGACAUCAUAAGGUAUGGAUCAAAGGAAUUAUUUACUGAUGAGAAUGAUGAAGCAGGGAAAUCCCGACAAAUACAUUAUGACGAGGCUGCAAUAGAUAGGUUACUUAAUCGGGACCAAGUCGGAGAUGAGGAAGCUACUUUGGAUGAUGAAGAAGAAGAUGGAUUUUUGAAGGCUUUCAAGGUAGCAAAUUUUGAAUACAUUGAUGAAGCAGAGGCAGCCGCAGAAGCGGAAGCACGAAGGCUGUCAAAUGAAAACAAAACUACCGUGAACAACUUAGAAAGGACUAGUUACUGGGAAGAAUUGUUGCGAGACAGAUAUGAAGUGAAUAAGAUUGAAGAGUUUAAUGCUAUGGGCAAGGGGAAGAGAAGUCGUAAACAGAUGGUGUCUGUAGAAGAAGAGGAACUUGCUGGCCUCGAAGACGUAAGUUCUGACGGAGAAGAUGAUAAUUAUGAAGUUGAGUUAACUGAUGGUGAAACAGCUCCACCAGGGAGGAAGCCUAACAGGAAGAGAUCACGCAUGGAUGAACCACUGCCAUUGAUGGAAGGAGAAGGGAGAUCAUUUAGAGUGCUGGGAUUCAAUCAGAACCAAAGGGCUGCAUUUGUUCAAAUUUUGAUGAGAUUUGGGGUUGGGGAGUUUGAUUGGGCAGAGUUCACACCACGUUUGAAGCAGAAGACCUACGAAGAAAUUAAAGAUUAUGGGAGACUUUUCUUGGCUCACAUUGCUGAAGAUAUUACUGACUCACUGACCUUUUCAGAUGGUGUUCCCAAAGAAGGACUAAGAAUACAAGAUGUGCUUGUUAGGAUUGCGGAGUUACUUCUGAUAAGGGAGAAAGUAAAAGCCUCCAAGGAAAAGCCAGGCACUCCCCUUUUUGCAGAUGACAUAGUAUCUCGUUUUCCAGGAUUGAAGGGUGGAAGGUUUUGGAAGGAGCAACAUGAUCUGUUGCUACUUGGUGCAGUAUUAAAGCAUGGCUAUGGAAGGUGGCAAGCUAUUGUUGACGACAAGGACCUGAAGGUUCAGGAGAUCAUUUGUAAAGAGCUGAAUCUUCCAUAUAUAACUCUGCCUGUCCCAGGAACAUCUCAAGGACAAGAUGGGACAAACAUCGCUAAUACUGAAGCACCUGGGAAUCAGACAAAGGGACCCGUGGAUGGCAACAAUUUAGCAGCUGAUGCUGCACAGGGAGCAUCAGAAGCUGCUAACAAAGCACAGUUAUAUCAAGACUCGUCUGUGUUAUAUCAUUUUAGAGAGAUGCAGAGAAAACAGGUUGAGUUUAUCAAGAAAAGGGUGCUUCUUCUGGAGAAAGGACUGAAUGCAGAGUACCAAAAAGAAGUCUUCGGUGAUGAAAGACCAAAUGAGACCCCUAAUGAAGAGCCAGAGAAUGAAAUCAAGGUUGUAGAUUUGCCAAAUGCAUCCUUCAUGGAGAUUGAUGCCCAAACUAUUAAUCAUUUACCUCAAGUAGAAGUAAUCACUUCAGAAGAAAUUUCAGCUGCUGCCUGCGAUGAUCAACCAGAUCGCUUGGAACUGGCUAGACUUUAUAAUGAGAUGUGCAAGGUAGUAGGAGAAAAUGCUAAUGAAUCGCUAGAGGCAUAUUUGGCAAACAAACCAGCGGGUUUCAAGUUGAGGAAGAACCUCCUUCCACUGGAAACCAUUGACACUGACAUAAACAGAAUCCUAUCCCCAGUUCAAAAAUCUUGUAGUUCAGAACAGCAGAUGCCAAAUGCAGAUACAGAGAUAGAGACAAUCACAGAAACUGGAGGACCCACUUUGCAAUCCACACAAAAACUUGACGGGAAGUCUGGUUCUGAGGCAACGAUUGAGAUAAAGACGCCAACAGUGGAGUUGGGAUCGGAAACAAAAGAAGGCAAACAGUCCACUCCACCGGAGGUUGUCAAAGAAAAGAGCGAUUCAGCAUGCGAUGUUCCUGCUGCCAGUUCACAGCCAUCCCAGGCUGAACUCAAGUGUUCCACCAAUAGAGCUGCAGAGGAUGUGGAGAUGGAAGAAGCACCUCAGGAUGAUUGCAUUAUAAUACCUGAUGGUCCAACGAGUGAGGGAACUGGGAAAUCAGGCUCGGGGGUUAUCAUUUUGGAUGAUUAAAAUUGAUAAAAGAAACACUAAUAGUAGACUUUUUCUCAACUUUCUUCCUUAUUAUGGUGGUAUAGUCGAUUUAACCUUAAAAAUUGACAGUGCAGAAAACCUUAUUCGAAGUUAUAUGAAGAACUUACUGAAAUUCCGUUAGUGGUUUUGCGUUGGAAGAUUAGCAUUAUUAUUUUUAGAAAUUCAGUAAAUGUUAGUGAAGUUGUUUAGAGUUGAGAAAUACAUUUGAGCAGAGCUUAGUGUUUGGUGAUUCGAAUUGUAGGUUAGGCAGAAGGAGCCCCAGUAAUACCAUUGCCCUAAUGUAGCUGAAUGUGACAACUGAUGGCUAUGAAUUCAUACUGAAUUGUAAAAUAUUUCUUAGAGGCCCUUUAAUGCACAAUCAAUUUGUAAGCACAUCCUUCUAAAAUCAUUUGAGGGAGACAAAUUUGAGCAGAUGGCAUCAUUGAAUUGAUGGCUAUGGUUAUUUUUGCUUGUGUAAUGGUAGAACCAUACAUAUUGGAUAGAAUUUCUGCUUAGAAAUAGCAUUAGCUUUUAGUUUUGGCUUUUA